GAAAAGACUUGCUGUUAUUUCUUUGUGCCGGCCCGACCACCGAUAGAGGUUACUUAGUCAUGAUAGUGUCACCAGCUCCAGACGACCAGAGAUGGAGUAGUGGGAAGUUAGGGAAAAGAGCUUUCAGUUCCCCAGAAGACCUAAUAUGAUUGUGUAUCACCACCGCUAAGUAUCACGAGCCGCUGCGUGCAUUCUGCAGCACUCCUGUGCCCUACUGAUGUCCAGUGCUCAGCGGGAUUCCGGAGAACGGCGGAGACAACAGAGAGAGUACCCCUGCCGCGGCUACAUGUCACGUGCACGAAUGGAGAAAAGGCUGACAGGCCAGGAAUGCUGGUGAAAGGCUAUGUACAUUGUACAGUAUGGCGAGAUUACAGGCUGUGUGGGGCGAAUAUGUUAGUUGUAGCGAAAUAUGCAAAGGGUCGUUUAUUAUUAUUAUUAUUAAUAUACUUUUAUAGCCUAAAUUCGGCCUGUCUCUGAUCUGCUAUGCGCUCAAACUCCGCAUAUGCCUGCCGGGUGCAAGUUUGGCUUGGCGUGUUGUGACAGAAAGCGCGACACUCGCAAAUGUCUGCCAAAGCUGGAGGACGGUGAAUGUGUCCUAAGCCGACACUCUUGUAUAUGGGCAUAUUGCCGCGACCAGCUCUCUAGACUCUGCGCAGCGCGCGUCUGUCAUCACGCGAUUUACUACAUUGCUUCGGGUGCCACCUAGACAUGCGUGUGUGCGACAUUACCAAAAAGGAAGCAACGCUACGGCCAUGGUUUACUGCUAUUCGUCAUGCCCAAUACAAGAGUUGCAGUGGGAAAGGGGUUCUCUAUUCAAGUAAACAUGGUAUCGUUGGGGAGGUGUCCCAGCUUGCCGGAUGCCCACGGGUGAUGGCGAAGCAGAAAGGAAUUGCGACCAGGACAGCGUUUUCCUGCACGCCGACCACCGUGCUGGAGGUGUUGAUCUCUGCGACGAGCAGGACUCUUUCCUGCGGGCCAAAGCCUGCCCGUUCUGUGCUAUGCGCCAGUAGAAGCACUGGCUCGCCACGUCACAGUAGCUGUCCAGCGCAUCUCAGUCAUGCCUACCGCCACGUCAGACCCAGCAUACCAUUCCAACGGCCCCCUGCGAGGCAAAACCAGUACCGCGUACCGGAGCAUUGGAGGGCCCCACAAAAACGCUGGCAAUGCACCCCCAACUCCUAAUUGUUGGUAUCGGUCUCUUAUGCGAGCAAUUCCCCGACCACUGUCUCAUGUCGUGCUAUAGGAUAAAAAUAAUAUUAGCUGAAGUCAUUCAUCAUGAAUGUGUGCUUGAUACCCUGUCAGUGUCAAUACAUCGCUUAUCUCAUAGCCCCAAUAUUGAGUGGUGAUGUUGAGAAGGGUCCGGUGCCUCCUAUCGGCACCUUUCGACAUUUCCACACUCGGCGAUAUUGGUAUGCGGUGUUCUCCAGAACUUGUUAUCUUGUACGCAUCGUCGUUGAGUCAGGAGUACGGAUGAUCGCUGUUGUGCUGGCAGAAACCUGAGUGGAGCCAUUGGUGAUAGCAUGUUGGUCAACUGCCGAUUAUCUUCAUUAUCUUCACGGAUGAUCGAGACGAGAGACUAACGAAGCGGACUGUGCAUGUGCGGCAACGCUCCGGCAACCUUUGGAAUCCGCCACGCCUGUCACAGCUCUGAUGUUCCAAGAUCUGUGCUUGCGAAUCGCCAUCUGGUUGCUGACGGCCCAGCUCGCACUGGUACACAGUUCCAUGAGCAGAGAUGGUUCUGUCAGAGUGUCAUCCACGUGGGACCACCAGCGUAACCCAUAACACACGGAUCGUCGCUUGCAGGCACGAGAAGUAGCCGGCAGAUCAGCUCGGACCAGUACAGCCGCUGGACGCACGGUAUAAUACCCUACUCGCUGGAUCCCAGCUUGGCGCGAGGAGGGAAGCAGCUACGCAGGCUGAUCCUCCGCGCCAUGCUCCUCUGGUCGCGCAAGACCAGCGUCAUCUUCGUGCCGCACACGACGCAGCCGGACUUUGUGAGAAUCGUCUGGGGUAGAAGGUGCUGUUCAAUGCAGGGCCGACAGGGCGGCCAGCAGACACUUCAGAUGGGCAAGCGCUGCAACAGCCAGUCGUCGCUGGUGCACCAUCUCGGCCACGUGGCCGGACUGGCCAUCCACGGUCCGGAGCUGGACCGGUCGCUGCAGGAGCAGAACCAUCUGCCGUCGUCGCCCGUCGACGACUUUCAGCAGCGCGUGCAGCAGCAGGCGAAUCCGCUCAGCAGCGUGAUGCUUCUCAAGUACCACGUCAUGUCCAGCAAGAAGCAGCGUAACCUGGGCCUGGCCAAGCUGCAGCCGGGAAGGUUCGACGUGCUGAACAUGAACCGACUGUACCCAACCAAUCCAUGCGGGGGCCGUCGCAGCGCGAAAGCGCAGGACUUCAACGGCGGAGCUGGCUCGCAGGAGAUCACGUCGCCGGACUUCCCGGCCUGGUACUGGGCGGACACGGACUGCGCGUGGCAAGUCGACAGCCCUGCCAACCAGCGUGUGGUGCUACAGAGGCAAUACGUGUCGCUGGAGCAUUCGGACGACUGCCAAUUCGACUACAUAGAGGUUGCAGACAUCGGAGCUGGAAAUGCCACACGAUUCUGUGGCAGGGAUUUCCCAGAAACUCUCAUCUCCAGCAGCAGGUUCGGCUUCAUAGUUCGAUUCCACUCGGACUCUGGCGAGCAGGAAAAUGGAUUUCAGAUCUCGUACCGCUCCAUCGAGGAUAGCUGCCAGUCGCAUCAGCAGUACUGCAGCUACGGAUGCACGCAGCUUCUCGGUGGCCCGGUCUGCAACUGUCCCGACGGCCAGAAGCUGUGGCGCGACAACAAGACGUGCGUGGCAGACGAGCGGUGCGCAACGCCGGACGGUAUUUGCGAGCACGGAUGCCGACUAGAAGCGGAUGGUUUCGCAACGUGUUCGUGCAUGGCAGGCACUUUCCUAAGCGAAGAUGGAAUUACAUGCCAAAGUUGUGUGCAUAACAUCACCAUUGGUGAGCCGGGAGAGUUCGCUUCGCCCAACUUCCCCGGCAACUACCCGCGGAACACGGAGUGCAUAUGGCAAUUCCGGUCGGCCGACCCCGCCAAGCAGGUGGCGGUGACGUUCGACACGCUGCAUAUGGAGCCGGGCAGGGGCGACUACUGCCCCAAAGAUUAUCUAGAGGUGUUCUUCCACCCGGACGAGCACUCGUCGGCUGAAGUCUGGCGUCUGUGCGGCCAAUACACGCAGACGCCGUUGACGAUAACCAGUAACACGGACUACAUGAAGCUGCGGCUGUUCUCCGACGCCACGCACGAGUACCCGGGCGUUUCGUUCAGCUACGCCGUGAGUUCGCCGCCCGCGGAGCAGUCCGACGAAGACAUUGCCGACCAGAACCUGAGCUAAUCCUAUCCAUAGAAGUACUUGUCGCGAAAACAAUGACCUUGACACCGUAUGUCACUGUGCAAUUCCCGCUGCAAAGAGUAUGACUGGGCAUUAUGCUAUUAUAUAUUUCCUCCUAUAUUACUGUCACCAGUCCGAAGAUAUUUAUUUCCUGCCCCCCCCCCCCCCCCCCCGACCCCGAUCCCUUGCAUUCCGAACUACUGAGAAUCCUAGGCCAUCAGUGCUCUCCCCCGAUGCAUGUACAUAUUGGCCGGUGGUGGUGCUGAGACAGAUCCAAGACUUACGACUUACCCUGUGUCAGCCCACAACAUGCGCAUCACAGAUCAAUUAACCCUAUCUGGCCUAUCAGUGUUUCCGCACUCUUGAAUAGUUCUUCCCACAAUAUUGACUGUCGACUUUUCCGCUAUGCCGAUCCCCCAAUUUUAGCACAAUAUGAAGACAUCAAGUCAGCUCUAUUCGCAAUCCUUGCAUCGGACUAUGAGGAACAAACACAUCGUUGAAUUUUUAUCAAGAACACAAGUGACCUGUA